CGGAAAUACGUCAUCACCCGUGACCUUGGCUCUCUUCUUCACUUGGUUUUGCAGCAGAGACGAGCAUGGCGAAUAAAGACCCCGGCGGUUUUCUGCAGCAGCUGCGGCAGAUCGCAGCGAGGAUGUCGUCUGGACCUCGAGGUGCAGGACUCGGCAUGAAGCUGCUGAUCGGCGCUGGAGCUCUGGCUUAUGGCAUGAAGGAAGCCACGUACACAGUUGAAGGAGGUCAGAGAGCGAUCAUCUUCAACAGGAUUGGAGGGAUGCAGAUGGACACGGUGCUCGCAGAAGGUCUCCACUUCAGGAUACCGUGGUUCCAGUAUCCCAUCAUCUACGACAUCCGAGCCCGACCCAGAAAGAUCUCCUCUCUCACCGGAAGCAAAGAUCUUCAGAUGGUGAAUCUGACACUGAGAGUUUUGUCGCGGCCGCUGGCGUCCAACCUUCCCACCCUCUACCAGCAGCUGGGACAAGACUACGACGAGCGUGUCCUGCCGUCCAUCGUCAACGAGGUUCUGAAGAGCGUUGUGGCGAAGUUCAACGCCUCGCAGCUCAUCACACAGAGAGCACAGGUUUCCCUGUUGAUCCGCAGAGAGCUGUUUGAGCGAGCCAAAGACUUCAACAUCAUCCUGGAUGACGUGGCCAUCACCGAGCUCAGCUUCAGCCGCGAGUACACGGCCGCUGUAGAGGCCAAACAAGUCGCCCAGCAGGAGGCGCAGCGAGCUCAGUUUUACGUGGAAAAGGCCAAACAGGACCAGAGACAGAAGAUCAUCCAGGCUGAAGGAGAAGCUCAGGCUGCCAAGAUGCUGGGCGAGGCCGUGACGAAGAACCCAGGCUACCUGAAACUCAGGAAGAUCCGGGCGGCGCAGAACAUCGCCAAGACGGUGGCGCAAUCCCAAAACAAAGUGUACCUGAACGCUGACAGCCUGGUGCUGAACCUGCAGGACAGCAGCAACUUCAAUUUGACAUUGAAGUAAAGAAGUCGCCUCCCUGCUGGUUUGUCGUCAUUCCUUCACUUCCUUCCAGCUCAUUGUACCAGGUUUAUCUGUCCGACAGUCACGUUUACGGGCCGCCAGAACUGACUUUAAUUUAUCCAUCAGCAGCCGCUGGAGCUGCUUCAUCGGCGAUAUUAAAAUAGAAUGUUUGAAGUUUUGUCCCCAUCUCUGGGCGUUUACAGUUAAAUACAUGAAGCUUUUGGGUUAGCUUCGUCUACAGACGUCACAGAAGAACAUGUAACUCACUUUUUGUUAAUCAUUACAACUUGCCCGUCUCAUGUCUCAAUAAACUACCGUUUGUGUAUCA